GCUGCUGUCAGUCAACGUGCAGUCACACGUGAAGUCUGACGGCCUGACUUGCUGCAGCGAUGCUUCUGGAACUAUUGAGAUUCCCUGCCCUCGGCCCGGGCACGGCUGUCUUCAUACUCAACGUGUUAGCAGGAGGUGGAAGCUGUGAUGACAGCUGCAGAAGUCGCCGGUGUCUGGCUGAAAAGCUGAUAAACUACAACCUCACGUCUCAGCCGCAGAAUGAGAACUGCACCCAGCCUGUGUACGUGCCCUAUUUGGAGUAUCAGACCGUGUCCGUUGACACUAAGAGUCUCCGCCUGAAUACCCGCCUGCAGGCCACACUCAUAUGGACAGACCUGGAUCUGAGAUGGAACACGUCUGUUUAUAAUUACACCAUGGUGGUGCUGCCCGUGGAUAGUGUCUGGACGCCAAAGCUCCACAUAACAAACGCACUAGACACCACCUUCGAGGACACGUCGUCUGACCUGCUGCUCUACAGCAACGGCACCAUGAUACACACGGUGGUCAUUAAUGCGGACGUGAACUGUGAAGUCAACAUGUUCAACUACCCGUUCGCCGCUGAUUCGUGCCCUGUUGCGAUCCAGACGUGGAGCGUUGACGGGUGCGGUACACAGUUGACAAUUGGUAAACUGGACAUUAGUGAUGGUUCACAUGGAGAUUGGGAAACAGAGACAGCAAGCUUGCUACAAGUUUCAGAAGAUCGCAACUACAUCAUGGUGAUGCUGAAAAUGAAGCCCUCCAACCCCUUCAUCACGUUAAUGCUGCCCAGUAUUCUGAUCAUCCUGGCUGACAUGAUCAGCUUCGCUCUGCCGCUGGAAGGCGGCGAGCGCAACGGCUUCAAGGUCACUCUGGUGCUCAGCUUCACCAUGUUCCUCAGCAUCCUCAACGACCAGCUGCCUGGAGACAGCCAGUGCAGCCCCGUCAUCAGGGGCCACUUCUGUGUGUGUCUGGUCCUGUUGGUGGUGAGCAUGCUGGAGUCCCUGGUGAUGACACGGGUGGCUAACGAUGGCAGUGUCUUCUUCUUCUUAAGGAAAAAUAGAAACAAGUAUGAAGAUACAGGUAAUAUUAAUGUCAUUCAGCUGAAAGACUCAGAAGAGGACGCUCAAAUGCUCAGAAAAGUGGUGAACUUCCUGGAAGCUUUAAGUGCAAAGGAGGUGAAAAGUGCCAAAUAUGAGAGGUUAGCCCACAACAUAGACACUGUCUUUUUCUGGUUCUAUUCCAUUUGUGGCACUGUGUACUUCUGUGCCAUGAUGUACAUUAUGGUCAGACAUAUUUGUAAUAUUGACCAUUUUAUAUUCUGGUUUGAUUACUAUGAUUAACUGAACAAGAUUUGCAUGUUGCAUUCAGGUUCUUAAUUCUUGAUAAAGACUGUAGAUAAAUAUUUAAUGGUAAGACAAAGGGCAUUUGUGCCAUGUGUUUAACCUCACCUUCAUAAUACUGUCAUUUAUUGAGUUUUGCUGAUGUGUACUUACUAAUUUCUUGCAUAAUGUGUAAUAUUUAAUUAAAUGGAUUAAAAAAG